AUGAGUCUACCCCUAACUCUCUGUCUCUCCCAAACACACAUUCAGGCUCACUUUAUAACUUUAAAUUCAAGUUUUGAUUUAUAUCCUGAUAUGGUGAGAUUCAUUGAAGAGAAUAUUACUAAAAUGUUUAUUUCAAAGUCGGAGGUUUUAUGUUCCAGAGGGAACGAUGGAGAUACGUCGGCGGCUACGAAAGUUCUUCACGAUUUUCAGAUCAACGACGAAAACGUCGUCGGAGGAGGAUUAAUACGAUCAUGGGUUGAUUCCAUGAGAGCUUGUUCUCCUACUCAUCUCAACUCUUUCAACAACCAAUCUUGUUGGAUCGAAGAACAUCCGUCAGCUUUGAACAUGUUCGAAGAAAUAGUUCAUGAAUCUGAAGGAAAACAAAUCGUUAUGUUUCUUGAUUACGAUGGUACUCUCUCUCCUAUUGUUGAUGAUCCUGAUAGAGCUUUCAUGUCUAAGAAGAUGCGAAACACUGUGAAGAAACUUGCAAUGUGUUUUCCAACAGCCAUAGUUAGUGGGAGAUCCAGAGAGAAGGUUUAUGGUUUUGUGAAAUUAACUGAGUUGUACUAUGCUGGAAGUCAUGGCAUGGACAUCAAAGGACCAGAGAAAGGAUCUAAAUACCAGAAAAAAAAUCGAUCUCUUCUUUGUCAACCUGCGACGGAGUUUCUCCCGGUGAUCACUGAGGUUUAUAAAAAUCUAGUCGAGAAAACAAAAUCGAUUCCAGGAGCCAAAGUUGAGAACAACAAAUUUUGUGCCUGUGUUCACUUUCGAUGCGUAGACGAAAAUAAAUGGAGUUACUUGGCCCAUCUAGUUCGAUCAGUUUUGAAGAACUACCCCAAGCUCAUGCUUUCCCAAGGAAGAAAAGUGUUGGAGAUUCGUCCAGUCAUUGAAUGGGAUAAAGGCAAAGCACUCGAGUUCUUGUUAGAAUCACUCGGAUAUACUAAUUGUACCGAUGUUUUUCCUAUAUACAUUGGAGAUGAUCGUACCGACGAAGAUGCCUUUAAGAUUUUGAGAGAUAAAAGACAAGGUCUUGGGAUUCUUGUAUCCAAAUACGCAAAGGAGACUAAUGCUUCUUAUUCUUUGCAAGAGCCAGAUGAGGUUAUGGAUUUCUUAGAACGUUUGGUGGAAUGGAAACAGUUAACGUGUGGGGCAUGAAGAGUUUACAAGUACAAUAGAAUCAUAUUUUCUUUUGUUUUUUUUUUUUUUUUUUUUUAAUUAUAAUUGUUUGUUAUUUAUAAAGAUUCUAACGUAUCAGGGAACGAAACUGAUUAAGAAAGUAAAAUAAGACGACAAACAGAGGUUCUUGUUCUUUUUUUCAACUGGUUUUUGUGUCUAGUCCCUUCUUGCUACCAAUGCAAAUUGUGAAAUUGUAAAUAUAUUAUUUCA